AUGUCCACUAGAGCCACCGCAAACAUACUUUCUAUGGACGUUGUGCAGCUAUCGCAUUACGUGAGAAAGAGAUUCCAACCGUCCCUUGUGGCUACAGAGGACACUGAUGAAAAUCGCGAUUUGGCAUUCCAAAUACUUGCCCUGAAGGAUCAACUUCAAAAUAAUAGAAAGGAGCGAAUCAAAAUCUUCUACAAUUUGGUGCAGGCAGCUCACUACGGGUUCUUCAGCCACAAAGCCACGCGAAACGUAUACAUAGGAUUCCCCUACCUCCACCGCCACUUUAGCGAAAACUAUCGCACAUUCGCAGCAGGCAAACCUGAUACUAACGCAGGUUUGGGUGACCAACUCCUUUUCGAUGCUGGGAAGCUGCUGUCUCAAAACACAUUCUCUGCCGCAGCGGCACACCUAAGAGCCUUUUCGAAUGACCAUAUAGGGGCCUUCUUAAACGAGGCACGACGACACGAUGAAUAUGUGAGAGUGAGCAAGUUGUACGUUAAAACUCUAGUCGAGCUACUGGGAAAGAGUGCCUUGACCGAUGAAAUAAAGACUGAAAUAAAAAACGCUAUCGCACAGGCAGCGAAACAGUGGUCAAUUGAACAUACGGGAGAAGAGAAUAUCGACAAUCUCAUAGGUUGGAUUCCUUUUUGCAGCGUUCUAGGCCUUGAGGAUCCCGGUCUAAUGCCUGUUAUCGAAAAUGUGAUAAGAGGAAAGCGUCUGCCCAUAUCUAAUAAGGGGAAAUUGAUGUUGUUAUUUGGUAUGGCUUCACACGUUGACGCCUGGGGAGCAGUGUCGUGGCCAAAUGUAAUUGACCGACUAUUGAUGACAUUCCAAGAUACUUACCGAUCUCUUGAUCUCAAGGAUUCCUUGUUAUUUGUACAGUGCUUGGCAAAUAUGCGUUAUCGCCAGCGACUGCUGGAUCAAGUAGUUGGGGACAAUAUCAUACCACGCAUCUCCAAAAUCCGAAUGGAGGAUAUGAUGCAACUACUGCAGUGCUUUGUCAAGCUGGAUUUCAGGUGCUCGCGAGUAAUAAGCGAAUUCGAAAGUGCGCCUAUAUUCAUGUCUCUUACAGCGGUGGAUCGUGCUGUUCUGGUUAGAUAA